AUGGUUUUCAGUCCAUGCCCCCGAAGCCAGCGAUCAAAGUUUUCAAACCCUAAGGCUGGGGAUCCCCCGAUCCCAAACAGUUUAUCCCCCCCUGAACUUCCACCCAGAUUCACUUCUGCCGUCGCAAACAAUAUAAGUGAGGAAAGACUCGCUUUUGAGGCAAUUUUUCGCUCUUCUACGUCCCGCACAAACACUCAGAGCCCUCAAACUACCCCAGAUGUUCAACAGUUUCCACGUACGACUGUCAAUCGAACGAAACAUCUCAAUUCCAAGGCCAGUCGGCUCAGUUUAGCUCAGCUUUCUCAUAAAAUUCGAAGGAGGCUUUCCAGGGAGUCACAUGUGUCUAGAAAGUCCUCCAUGAAAUUCAAGGAGCAUGGCGUUAGCCAACAUGGCGCUGCCUCCCAGGAUGCAGACCUCCAUACGAAUUCCAUCAUCAAUGUUGAUUUCACGACUACCGGCGAUGCGGAGUAUGAUAGUGAUGCACGCUGUAUUGGAACCCCGCAAAUCACGGAAUGUAUCAGCAGCGGCAUAUCCGGUGUUCUUAAUAAUACCAGAAUGGUGCUAUCUAAUACCGGAAGCCCAAACGGGUCCUUGGGGAUGAACCGUAGUUUGUUUCCAACUGGCUUUGAUGGAACAGCAUCAGGAAUGUGGGAUGAAGCAACAGGUCAAGGAUUUGAUGGGUUCAAUGACCGUUUCCAUACAAGCCCCUGCUCUCUCACAUCCCCAGGGUUUGCACCUAUAUCCAUAUCUAGUUCGUCAAAUUGCAUAGAAGACAUAGGAAAUCUUCCCAGUGGUCAAGAUGCCGAUAAUCUACCGCGUGCUCCGCGUCUAGAGUCGCCUCUGUAUAGAUUUUCAUGGGAAUCUAAUUGGGCUCCCAGAAUUGAUCGACAACCAUUAGCUCCGACCUCCCAAAGGCUAAACUACCAGAGGAUUCUCCCGGACUUUAGAAAAAGCCGAACUGAUAGCCCAACGCCGGGAUUUGAACCACAGGCAUCCCAGUUCAAAGAAAAGCAUACCGUCGCUGGCUCCAAUACGAUAGUAUCCACCAGCAGUGAGUCAUUCUAUCUCCUCAAUAACGAACAGUCGAAAUCUCUCAGCAACCUAAGCGCUCCUGUUAAAAAUUUACCAGCUGGGCAGCAAAUGAUACCUCAUACUCAAAGCAGGUUCAUCGAAGAUUUCAGUGAUAAUGACCGAUGUUCCAGUUGUGCCAGUGACCCUAUAAUUCGGAACAGUAAGUGUGACUUAAAAGAUACAAGAAGGAGUUUCAGCGAUGGGUGGCUGUCCGAUGGUAAACGCCGGGGUUACGGCUAUCGUUUUGUCAAGGAAGCAGACGAAUAUACAUCAAAUUCAGUACAACAGGGCAAAAAACGCAGAGCUAUUGAAGAAUACGCCGCUGGCGUUGAAAGAGUUGAUCCAUCGAACUUACCUGGAGAAGGAUUAUUAAGUCCGAAAUAUAUUUUAGAAGACUCUAGAAGACUACACAGUGACUCAACUGCCGUCUGUCAGCAGAGUGAUGCAAGCAAUAACCAGGGGUAUGAGUGGGAACUUGGCUGUGAGGGCAUGGGGUCUCAAGUGAGGCUAACAGGACUGCAGAAGAACGGCAACGAUUGUGUUAAUAGCCACAAAAAGUUCUUCUCAUCGUGGGCUAGAUUCCCAAGCCACAAUAAGAACGCAAAAAGCCAGUCUGCUGGACACUCUGAUAAUGUUGUUGCCCGGGAUUUCGCAACUCAGCAGCCGUCCGAGCCGAAUAGCGACAAAAAGAGCGGCCCCAUGCCACAAGCUGGAAAUGACAAAACUGUUAUACGUGUUUCUGUUAGAAAGAGUUCGGGGAUGUUUAACUGGAUCAGGCUGCAUCGCUCCGAUACCAUUGAUCGUAGGCGAUACCGCGCUGGCUUUAGGAGGGAUGCCUCGAGAAGCAACGACCUGAGGGAUCCGGAUCUUGAAAUUAUCCCUGGGGGACCAACUGGUUACCCUAUUUUUGAGCAAAUUGGAGAUAUCAGGCUGGAAGUUAACCGACAUAAGCAACGUAUGAAAGCUCAGACACCGGUCGUUACUCCGAAGAAUAAGGUCAAACCUCCCCCAACUCCUCUAUUACAUCCCGAAGAUAAGCCCGAUCUCUCUGCUUUCAACUUGAUUGGGUUGGACAGUUCGAUAGAGCCAGGUUCUGCGGACGGUUGGUCGCGCUUGUACGAUGACUGCAUUGGAACAUUCUCUGAUGAAGACCUGUUCAUGUCUUGCUCUUCGAAGAACAUGUGUCAUGGCGUAGAUGUAUCAAAGGGUACUCCCGAAGGUCCGAUCGACAAGCAAAAAUCCGACAAAAUAUCGACCAGCAUGGAUUUACGUAACUCAACUAUGGAAUUUAAGGAGGAACAACUUGUUAACGAGGUAGCGUCGAGGGAUAGAUUGCUUAAACUAGUAGAGCGGGCCUGGGGGCAGUAG